AUGCCAUCUUUCUCAUGUCAUCCUUUGCAGAUGCCAUCUUUCUCAUAUCCUCCUUUGCAGAUGCCUACUUUCUCAUGUCAUCCAUUGCAGAUGCCAUCUUUCUCAUGUCAUCCUUUGCAGAUGUCAUCUUUCUCAUAUCCUCCUUUUCAGAUGCCAUUUUUGUCAUAUCCACUUUUACAGAUGUCACCUUUCUCAUGUCCUCCUUUGCAGAUGCCUUCUUUCUCAUAUCCUGUUUUGCAGAUGCCAUUUUUGUCAUGUCCUCCUUUGCAGAUGCCAUCUUUCUCAUGUCAUCCUUUGCAGAUGCCAUCUUUCUCAUGUCAUCCUUUGCAGAUGCCAUCUUUCUCAUGUCAUCCUUUGCAGAUGCCAUCUUUCUCAUCUUCCUUUGCAGAUGCCAUCUUUUCAUUCCUUUUUAAAGAUGCCAUUGUUAUAUCCUCUUUUAAAGAUGCCAUCUUUCAUAUCCUCCUUUGCAGAUGCCAUUUUUGUCAUAUCCUCCUUGCAGAUGCCAUUUUUUUCGUCCUCCUUUGCAGAUGCCAUCUUUUUUUCAUAUCCUCCUUUGCAGACGCCAUCUUUUUUAAAGUCCACUUUUGCAGAUGCCAUCUUUUUCAAGUCAUCUUUUGCAGAUGCCAUGCCAUCUUUUUCGAUGCCAUCUUUUCAUGUGCAGAUGCCAUCUUUCUCAUAUCCUCCUUUUGCAGAUGCCAUUUUCAUGUCCUCCUUUGCAGAUGCUUUUCUCAUGUCCUCCUUUGCAGAUGCCAUCUUUCUCAUGUCCUCCUUUGCAGAUGCCAAUCUUUCUCAUGUCCUCCUUUGCAGAUGCCAUUUUUCUGUCCCAUCCUUUGCAGAUGCCAUCUUUCUCCAUAUCCUCCUUUGCAGAUGCCAUUUUUGUCAUGUCCUCCUUGCAGAUGCAGAUGUCAUCCUUUUGCAGAUGCCAUUUUGUCCUCCUUUGCAGAUGCCAUCUUUCUCAUGUCCUCCUUUGCAGAUGCCAUUCUUUUUGCAGAUGCAUCUUUCUCCUCCUUUGCAGAUGCCAUCUUUCAUAUGUCCUCCUUUGCAGAUGCCCCUUCUCAUAUCCUUUCCUAUUUGCAGAUGCCCCUCAUCCUCCUUUGCAGAUGCCAUCUUUCUCAUGUCCUCCUUUGCAGAUGCCAUCUUUUCAUAUUCCUCCUUUGCAGAUGCCAUCUUUUCUCCUCCUUUGCAGAUGCCAUUUUUUCAUCCAUUUGCAGAUGCCAUCUGUCCUGUGCAGAUGCCAUUUCUUUCUCAUGUCCUCCUUUCCUUUGCAGAUGCCAUCUUUUUCAUUUUUUGCAGAUGCCAUCUGUUCCUCCUCCUUGCAGAUGCCAUCUUUUUCAUAUCCUCCUUUGCAGAUGCCAUCUGUCUCAUAUCCUCCUUGCAGAUGCCAUCUUUCUCAUGUCCUCCUUUGCAGAUGCCAUCUUUCAUAUCCUCCUUUGCAGAUGCCAUCUUUCUCAUGUCCUCCUUUGCAGAUGCCAUCUUUCUCAUGUCCUCCUUUGCAGAUGCCAUCUUUCUCAUGUCCUCCUUUGCAGAUGCCAUCUUUCAUCCUUGCAGAUGCCCUUUCUCUAUCCUCCAUGCAGAUGCCAUCUUUUCUCAUAUCCUCCUUUGCAGAUGCCAUCUUUCUCAUAUCCUCCUUUGCAGAUGCCAUCUUUUUCAUUUCCUCCUUUGCAGAUGCCAUCUUUUCUCAUAUCCUCCUUUUGCAGAUGCCAUCUUUUUCAUUCCUCCUUUGUCAUAUCCUCUUUUGCAGAUGCCAUCCCCUUGCAUAUCUUUUGUAUGUGCCAUCUUUUGCAUAUCCUCCCUUGCAGAUGCCAUCUUUCUCAUAUCCUCUUUUGCAGAUGCCAUCGUCAUUCCUUUGCAGAUGCCAUCUUUUCAUAUCCUCCAGAUGCCAUCCUCAUAUCUUUUGCAGAUGCCAUUUUUGUCAUGUCCUCCUUUGCAGAUGCCAUCUUUUCCUCAUAUCCUCCUUUUGCAGAUGCCAUUUUUUCAUAUCAUCCUUUUGCAGAUGCCAUCUUUCUCAUAUCCUCCUUUGCAGAUGCCAUCUUUCUCAUGUCCUCCUUUGCAGAUGCCAUUUUGUCAUAUCCUCCUUUGCAGAUGCCAUCUUUUUCAUAUCCUCCUUUGCAGAUGCCAUCUUUCAUCCUCCUUUGUCCUCUUUUGCAGAUGCCAUUUUUUCUCAUGUCCUCCUUUGCAGAUGCCAUUUUCUCAUAUCCUCCUUUGCAGAUGCCAUUUUUUCUCAUAUCCUCCUUUGCAGAUGCCAUCUUUUCAUCAUUUGUGCCAUUUUUUCAUGUCCUCUUUUGCAGAUGCCAUUUUCUCAUAUCCUCCUUUGCAGAUGCCAUCUUUCUCAUGUCCUCUUUUGCAGAUGCAUUCUUUCUCAUGUCAUCCUUUGUAGAUGCAAUCUUUCUCAAAUCCUAUUUUGCAGAUGCCAUCUUUCUCAUAUCCUCCUUUGCAGAUGCCAUCUUUGUCAUAUCCUCUUUUGCAGAUGCCAUCUUUCUCAUAUCCUCCUUUGCAGAUGCCAUCUUUCUCAUGUCCUCCUUUGCAGAUGCCAUCUUUCUCAUAUCCUCCUUUGCAGAUGCCAUCUUUUUCAUGUCCUCCUUUGCAGAUGCCAUCUUUCUCAUAUCCUCUUUUGCAGAUGCCAUUUUUGUCAUAUCCUCCUUUGCAGAUGCCAUCUUUUCAUCCUUUCUCAUCUUUUUAUAUCCUCUUUUGUCCAAGAUGCCAUCUUUUUGUCAUUUGCAGAUCCAUCCCUUUUUUGCAGAUGCCAUCUUUUUUUCAUAUCCUCCUUUGCAGAUGCCAUCUUUCCAUCCUUUGCAGAUGCCAUCUUUCAUAUCCUCCUUUGCAGAUGCCAUCUUUUCAUAUCCCUCCUUUGCAGAUGCCAUCUUUUCAUGUCCUCCUUUGCAGAUGCCAUCUUUCUCAUAUCCUCCUUUGCAGAUGCCAUUUUUUCAUGUCCUCCUUUGCAGAUGUCAUCUUUUCAUGUCCUCCUUUUGCAGAUGCCAUCUUUCUCAUGUCAUCCUUUGCAGAUGCCAUCUUUCUCAUGUCCUCCUUUGCAGAUGCCAUCUUUCUUAUGUCCUCCUUUGCAGAUGCCAUCUUUCUCAUAUCCUCUUUUGCAGAUGCCAUUUUUGUCAUGUCCUCCUUUGCAGAUGCCAUCUUUCUCAUGUCAUCCUUUGCAGAUGCCAUCAUGUCCUCCUUUGCAGAUGCCAUCUUUCUCAUGUCCUCCUUUGCAGAUGCCAUCUUUCUCAUGUCCUCCUUUGCAGAUGCCAUCCUCCUUUUUUUGCAGAUGCCAUCUUUUUCAUGUCCUCCUUUGCAGAUGCCAUCUUUUUCAUAUCCUCCUUUGCAGAUGCCAUCUUUCUUAUCCUCCUUGAUGCUCAUUUCUGA